UCACGAUAAAGUAUAUAUACUCGGCCUCAACCCUUUUCCGACGCACACCGUUUUUCAUUUUCCGCGGUCACCAACGGAAGACUAUCACUGACGGCUCCUGCCUUGACCCAACCGACGUCCUAAAGCAAAAUGGCCCGUACCAAGCAGACUGCCCGUAAAUCUACUGGAGGAAAGGCGCCAAGGAAGCAGCUCGCUACCAAGGCAGCCAGGAAGAGCGCUCCGUCCACGGGAGGAGUGAAGAAGCCCCAUCGUUACAGGCCUGGAACCGUGGCUCUGAGGGAGAUCCGUCGUUAUCAGAAGUCCACUGAGCUGCUCAUCCGCAAGCUGCCCUUCCAGCGUCUGGUCAGAGAAAUUGCACAGGAUUUCAAGACUGACCUGCGUUUCCAGAGUGCUGCCAUUGGCGCUCUUCAGGAGGCCAGCGAGGCUUACCUGGUGGGUCUGUUUGAGGACACCAACUUGUGCGCCAUCCACGCCAAACGUGUCACCAUCAUGCCCAAAGACAUCCAGCUGGCUCGCAGGAUAAGGGGAGAGAGGGCCUAAGCAGCUGGCGGCAGCAAUGUCAAGACAAAUGAUCCUAUUUAUCGUACUUAACCAUUUUUGUGGACUUUAUUUCUUGGGUAUUUUUUUUUUAAUUCUUUUGAAUUUUUGUAUUUUAGACUGGGACAAUGCCAUCAAUCAUUCCACAAGCCUGAGUACACCUAGGAUAGUAUGGAAUGUUGUGCAGUAGGUUUAUCUACUUUUUAUUUUAUCAUGGGUCAUUACAUGUGUCAGCCAUAACACCACCUUAAGUUGUGGGUAUCAGACUCCCUCUGGGGAUGGAGUUGUCUUUUGAAGCGAGGAUGCAUUCUUCACAUCUUCCGCAGGGGUCCAGGGUCUCAUCACUCAUCUACCACUUCUCACAAAUAUGCCAGCAUGUCUUGCUCAGCUGAUCUCACUGCAGUAUCAGGGUAUUAUCUGCUACAGUUGAUACUCUGCACUCAAUGACUGGGAGCAUGGCAGACCCCUCCUGUAUUUUUCUGGACUGCUUUUUACGUGUUUUUCGACAUAAAAUCUUGGCAGCUACAUUUUAAUACUAUUUAUGAAAAUGUUGUCACAUGUCUUUCUAUUAAAGGUCUUUAUGAGUAGAA